AUGUCGCUCACGCUCCGUCGCCAGCGCGAGGCGGAGCAGGCGUCGGUGAGCGAAGCCUCCCCCCAGUCGGCCCCCGGCGGGCCACUCCGCGAAACGCCACCGGAAGAGUCGCACGGCGAUACGCGCCGCGGGCGCAACAAGACUGUGCGGCCGCUGGAAGCGGGUGUUUCGAUGCGCCAGACUGCGACCGAAGGCCCGCGAGUGAUCUCGCAUCGGUCGCGCUCCCGCUCGCUGAGCAUCAUGGACGUCGACCGCAACUCCUUCCUCCGCUCGCACUCGCGGAACAGGAGCAUGUACGGCUGGCCCGCGCCCGCGGCCGCGUCCUCGUCACUAAACACGAUCGACGAUGUGGUCCAGUCGCCGCUCGAUGCGGACUUUGCACAGAGUCUCGGUCGUGAAUUCGAUGCGGCGCUGCCGAGCCUGACGAACCCCGACUUGUUCUCGGACCUGUACGACGCGCUUCCGGGCCAGUCGGCGCCGCAAAAGAUGGUUUCGGCACCAGUGACGACCUUCCAGACCCCCUCGCCCAAGGCGAGCAUGCACGGCAUCGCGGCGACGGCCGGCGCCUCGCCGCAGACGCGCUCCGCGUCCCAGGAGCGUAUGAUCAACGCCUUUGAAAAGGCCGCCUUUGACGACCUCUUUGAAAAUUCUACCCCCGACGCGUGGACGGCCUCGACGCCGCUCGAGCAGCACGCUCAGUACGUGAUGGCGCUCAGUGGCCGCCGCUCCCAACUGCCGGGCGACCGUGACGACCAGUCGCUGCCGCAUACGAACCACCUCGACAGCGUGCCCGGCAUCGACGAUUAUGUGAGCCACGAAGCAAACCAGCACCCCGAGUACGGCUUCCUUCCCCGCCUCGUGCGCAAGACCUCGUUCGACCACAAGGUGCGCGAGCGCAGCGAGUCGCGCGGCCCCUCGCGCGGCCCCUCGCGCGGCCCACGCAACCGCGUCACCUCCUCGCUGAUCCACGAGGCGAGCGACCGGGCGCAGGGGCGCAAGCGCCUGCGCAACGCGUCGCCCAUGCCGUUUGGCCUGCGUACGCCUACGACGGCCGACCAGCGCGUCGCGUCGGGUCUGUCGCGCGAGAUUCCUUCCUUGUUUUCGGCGGACCUCAUGCAGUAUAUGCCCUCGAUGAUGUUUGACUUUACGAUGCCGGCGCCGCCGCAAAAUCUCGUGCAAGAUCCGGUGGAUUUGACGCACGACGCGUCCAUCUCGCUGAGCCAGGGCGAGAUGCCGCAGGUGAUGCACCACAGCCGCUCGGUCGACGUGAAUGUGCCGCAAAACACGUAUGUGCCGAAUGCGCAGGUGCCCUAUAUGCCCGACAUGACGUACAUGCAGCCCGGGGCACAGGUGCCCGAGCCGUCUGCGGCGACCAACAUGUCGCCCUCCUACCUACACGUGGACCCCAGCCAGCUGUUGGCGCAGCAGCCGCAGCCGCAGCCCAACAUGCGCCUCUUCCCUGGCGAUGCGGGCUUUGAGUCUCCGGCGCAGAUGCACGGCGCGAUGGGCUACAACAUGGGCGACACCACGCCGCUCGGCCCCGGCUCGCUCGAGCUCAACUCGCUGUCCUCGCCGACGGGGCCGUCGAUGGUGUUCAAUCAGGAGCCCUACUACACUUCGGUUUUCCACCCGAUGGAGAUGGGCCAAGGGAAGGCAUGGCCGCCCAACGCGCAUCCUCAAUACCCCCCUCCUAUCCCGGGCGCGGUCGGCAACGAGAUGAACACGAGCAACUCGAUCAUCUCCCAGGCCGACUCGAGCGACCGUGCGAGCCCGUUCACCGAGUCGCCGCCGCCUGCACCGCCCAAGGGCAGCCAAAGCCAGGCGUCGUCCGCGUCGCCUGUGGGCGUCGUGGAAGGCACGCCGACCGUCUGCUCCAACUGCCAAACCACCAAGACGCCGCUGUGGCGCCGUGAUGCAGAAGGCAACGCGCUGUGUAACGCAUGUGGCCUCUUCCAGCGCCUGCACGGUGUGAUGCGUCCGCUGUCGCUCAAGACAGACGUGAUCAAGAAGCGCAACCGCAGUGGCGCGACCGGCGCGCGCGACGGCGGCCGCAACUCUACCACCCAGCGGCGCAGCAGCGCCUCGUCACGCACACAACCCAAGGUCCGCCAGGAAAACGCGCCGGCGCGCGCAGAUUCGACGCACUUUAGCGGCUGGUAG